AUGGCUGAUUUAAUUGCCUUCCACUCUUACCAUUCUCGCCGCAGUCUUCUCUCCCCAUCCACCAUGCUCCCCCGGACCACCAAUCACAAACGAUCCAAUUCCACGGAGAACCGCUCCCUUUCUCCCGAUCGAACACUCACGAAAGCGAAGUCGGCAAACGAUCUGGCGGCCAUUCUAUCGCCCAGCCGACCAAACCCUAACCUUCGCUCGACGAGCGUCGGAAACCUUCCGGACAGCGGAUUCAGUACGUUGAAGGAUCCUCGACUAGGGAAUCAUCUCAAUGCGUCCGAAUCCUCUUCCCCGCAAUCGCAUCAUCCCGAUCUCAGUAGCGAAGUCGCUGCUCUCAGUGUGAAGCUCGUCGAAGCUAUCAACACACAGACCACCCUGGAUGACAACCUAGUCGCCGCCCGUCAAGAACUGGAGCAAGCACGGAACCGGAUUCAGACUCUGGAAACAGAAAAUGAAAAGUAUCGGCGAGAUAUAGAACAGGAAGUCCUGGUCAAGAAGUCCGACUACGAGUAUGAAAUUAUGCGUCUCAAGGCCGCCUUGGCCGAUGAAAAGGCGCAGCGUGCUCUGGUCGAGAAGGAGAAAAAGGGAAUUGAACAGGAACUGGAAACGCUAACAGCGGCGCUCUUCGAGGAGGCUAAUAAGAUGGUUGCUGCGGCUAAGCACGAGCGCGAAGCUGUAGAAAAGAAAAACGAGCAACUCCGUUCUCAAGUGAAAGACACCGAGUCACUGCUUGCAUCGCAGCAAGAACAGCUCUCCGAGCUGAAGGCCGUCCUCCAGGGUAUGAACGUGCCAAGAGAAGACAUCGAAACCCGUACAGUCGCGUCGACGACACCCUCCUCCCCAGCUGGGCCUCAGCGUAUCUCUGGAAUUACAUCGAAUUAUGCUGAAAGUCCCGCGGCGCUGGAACCCUCACCUGACAUUGAAACCCACACUCCCGGCCCGUCCACCAGCUUCCCUCACCUUAUCAAACCGGUUUGUCGGACCGAUAUUCAGGCGUUCGAGGAUUUCAAGGAAUUGUUCAGUUUGUCUUGCACAUCCAAGCCUCCCAGCCGGGCUGCAAGCGGCUCUUAUGCGGGACUGAACGUCAUGAGUCUCGCCAGUUUGAGCGCCAGUGGGUUCGGGUCGGCAUCUUCGUCGCCAGCGAAGGCGGCUCACUCUCCCAAUGGAAGCUUAUCGUCGCCGCAGCCCUCGACCUCUCACAUCCCAUUGAAAGAAACCCGCUUCUACAAACGCGUUCUUUCGGAGGACAUUGAGCCGACGCUGCGACUUGAUGCGGCCCCGGGGAUUUCUUGGCUAACUCGACGCUCUGUGCUCAGUGGAAUCUGCGAGGGGAGCCUCGUUGUGGAACCGAUGCCGCAAAGCGUAAAGAAGUAUGAAUUUCCCUGUUCGCUUUGUGGCGACCGGCGGACCGGGCCUGUCAACGAGAGAACCCAUCGGUUUCGCACCUCGGACAGCGAAACAGCUCAGAGAUAUCCCCUUUGCGUUCUGUGUCUCGAGCGAGUGCGGUCGUGCUGCGAGUUCACCGGAUAUCUCCGCCUAAUCCUCGACGGACAUGUCCGCGUCGGUGACGCGGAGGAAGAAAAGGACGCUUGGGAGGAAACGGUGCGUUUGCGGGAGAGAAUGUUCUGGUCCCGCAUUGGAGGUGGCAUCGUACCGGUGUCUGCUCCAACCAAUGGUGUUGAGAAUGCCCCUGAAAUCGAGCGACAUUUGCAUACCAUUCCCAGUGUCUCCACCGAUGAUGGCCGGGAUCUAGUCUGCGAAUCUGCCGACUCUCCUGUUCUGCCUCAAGAUUACCACGACCUGCCCGGCGACAUAGAUAGCCGCAGAUCGUCUGUGGCUGAAGAUCCCUAUGUCUCUGCAGCUUCGGAAUCACCGGCUAGCAGCGCGGCUGUCUCAGCAUCUUUCGAGAACGAGGCCCCCAACAUCGGCUCUAUACCAGACGCCAAGUCGGAGCAAAGUAUAGAACACACCACUAUUGUCGCCGUUGAUGUCGAUGGCUGUGAUCCCAAAACUCCAUUGCCGGUCGAGGAGUCCGUGGUUCAUGAAGCCACCGUGGAACACACCAUUGACCACCAGACGCGAUGA